CUUUUUGCUGAAACAUGGAAGCCAAGGGUGUUCAAAGUCCAUUAGAGAAAAAAGGAAGGGUUCAGUGAAGCAUAAAAGCAAACCCCCCCUACCACCCACUCUUUCUAGAAAUAAAACAACAAAAACCUGAUCACAGCUUUCCUUUUCUAGCCAAGAGUAUCUUCAGUUUCUGGAUUUGGUUGUUUGGUUUUCUGAAGAUAGAUUGAUCAGAGAAAUUAAGAAAGAGAAAAGAAAUCAUGGGUAGAGGAAAGGUACAACUGAGGAGGAUAGAGAACAAGAUUAACAGGCAAGUAACUUUCUCAAAGAGGAGAGGAGGGUUGUUGAAGAAAGCCCAUGAGAUCUCCGUUCUUUGUGAUGCUGAAGUUGCCUUAAUUGUCUUCUCCAACAAAGGAAAGCUCUUUGAGUUUUCUACCGACUCUUGCAUGGAAAGCAUCUUGGAGCGAUAUGAGCGGUACUCUUACACUGAGAGACAGCUAGUUGCAGCCGACGCUGCACCGAGAAGCUGGACCCUGGAGUACAACAAACUUAAAUCUAGGGCUGAACUCUUACAAAGAAAUCACAGGCACUAUAUGGGUGAAGAUAUAGAGUCAUUGAGCUUGAAAGAAAUCCAAAAUUUGGAGCAACAGCUUGAUACUGGUCUCAAGAACAUUCGCACAAGAAAAAAUCAACUCCUGCAUGAAUCAAUCUCCGAGCUUCAGAAAAAGGGAAAGGCCAUACAAGAGCAGAACACUACGUUGACCAAGAAAAUCAAAGAGAAGGAGAAAGAAAAGACAGUAACACAAAAUGCUCAUGAUCAAUGGGAUCACCAUAACUAUAUGGAAACCGAUCCAUCCUUCCUUAUGCCACCACCACCUCCCUCUCUCCACAUGGGAGGAAAUUACAACCAAGGUGGUGGUGGUGGUGGUGGUGAAGGAGAAGCAGCUGAAGGAAGGACAAACGAGCUUGACCUCAGUCUGCAGCCAAUAUAUUCUUGCCACAUGAGGUGCUUUCCUUCGUGAAUGAUCUGGUGUACGUAUCCCAUCAGUGCUUUAUAAUUAUAAAUAAUGCUUAUGUUAAUUUGAAUAUUAACGAAGAAACAACAUUAUCCAACAAUCAACAAUCAAGUGUUGUGUAAUUUCAUGUGAAACUACGUUUGCUAAAGAACUAUAUAUAGUAUUAUGUAAUGUAUGUAUAAAACGAGAACAGAAACACGCCUCGUUAUUUGUGUGUUGUGUGACGACUUAUGUCUAUGUCUUGGUACUAGAUCUAAAGAAUAAUUUAUUGAUCA